CAUAUUUGUAUGGUGCAUUCAUUUUAGAGUUUUUAGGACGAGUGAUACUGCCAAUUGCGAUAUUAGAAUUUGUUUAAAAACGUGGGAUGUAAGCAGCUCAGUCGUAACAGUGUGUAUCCGUCCAAUAAACAGUUACCGCGAGGCAGAAGGACAGGUUUGAUACGUUCUAUCUCUUUCACUUCAGAACACGUGUAAUACCAAUGAAAGACAUUCUUUAAUAAAUUUCCUUGUGCAUGGUUAUCUGCUAUGGGAGCUCUAUAACUGCUUUUGACUUUGAAAGUUUAUUUGCACGUCUUAAUUAAUAACUGUAAAUAGUAGCAGCCCAGGAAGUACGUGUUUGGAUGAUAGUGAAGUAAGAUGGCUGGUACCUGGUUCCUGCUCAUGUCCGUCCUGGUGAUGUCUGGCAUACAGACUGCAGCGUCACUGACAGGCCAUGUGUGUACAGCCAGAACAGGUUACAUUUCCACGGGUUACCGCCCCAGCUGGCAGGUCGACUUUACCAAAUAUUUCCUCAACUGUGGAUUCAUGGGAUUUGGCAGGUGUAGCAGGCAAAGACAAAUGACGCGGCAGACCAGCACUCUGCAGAGAUACAGGAUGUACAGGUUAGAACAGGUGUGUUGUUCUGGCUGGAAACAGGUGGGAGACACCUGUACUACAGCAAUCUGUACAGGAGGCUGUGGUAGUGGUGGGGAGUGUGUGGCACCCGAGACAUGUACCUGUCCACCGGGAUACCAGGGACCAAAAUGUGACAUUGAUGUCAACGAGUGUGACACCAACAAUGGCGGCUGUGCCCACACCUGUACGAACACAGCGGGAAGCUACUCGUGCUCUUGUAACAAAGGCUUCAUACUGUCUGGCACACAUGGAUGUGAAGAGGAUUUUGUGGCUGUUAGCACAAGAACAGUUCUGGGCAGGUUGAGGAUUCUUGAUGCAAAAUAUCCAUAUUCUUCUGACCUUAAGAACCCAAAAUCUGCACUUUACAAGCAGUAUGAGAGUAUUAUCAAACAGCAGUGAUAAUGAAGUCAAGGCAGAGUUUGUCAUGUUCUUCCGCGGAGACGUCCUGACAACACAGCAAACCAGUAAGGCAGGAAACAGCACUUUAAGAGACUUAAUGAACAACUUUAUAAACCGCACUAAGA